UCGUGUGUUCACUUUUCCAGCUGUCAUCAAGUGUAAUAGAAAAUUUUCCGCCGGUGGAGAAACACUAAAGAAAUAGACAAAAAAACGAUGAGUAUCCUGUACGCGAGGAUGAACACUGGGGAGGAUGGACACUGUGGUUCCGGCGAUGGCAUCCGCGAGGUGAACAGGGCGGUCUUCAUCUCCAAAGACCGUCACCGGCCGGAAAGCGAAGAUGAAGAAGAUAGUGACGCUUGUUCCGUGGUUUCCGCGCUCACCAAUAGUACUUUGAAGGUUGCAGGAAACUUUUGUGAUGACUAUAAUUCCGAUACAAGUAGCAGCACGACUGUAGCGCAAAUUGUACCGAAGAGACGUCAGUAUGAUUCCAAAGCGUUCGACAAGUGGCUGAAAGCUAAAAUAGAGAUGGAACGCAAACGCAGGGAGAAAGAACAAAUCCGCAAACGACACGAGGAAGCCAAGCGAAAACUGGAAGAGGAACGAAGAAAGCGGGAAAGUGAGGAAAAACUCAAGAAAUGGAUGGAACGAAAGGAGCAGGAAAAACAAAAAAAGCAAAAAGCUCAAGAAAAGCGAAAGCAAAAAAAGGAAACCGAGCAGAAUGUAACCCGAAAGUGGGCCAGCAGUGGAGAAAGUAUUACCAAUUUCAAUGUUUGGUUAAGUCGAGUUAAGCAACAGGAGGAACAAUCGAAACUACGCCACUUGGCCAAGCAGCGGAUGGAGGAAGAAUUCAAACAUCAGCGACAGGAUCUGUCCAGGAUGUUCUACGACGAGUGGCUGAAGUCGGCGAAGGACAAGCCGAAACCGGUUCCGCUGAACCGGGGAACCGAGAGUCUUCGGGGAACGAUUUCGAAAAUCUUCGUCAAUCCGAACCCAUGGCAGACGACGGCUGAGUGAUUGUCCUAAAUGGACAGUUGUCUAAUGCCGUGCUGAUUAGUAAUUAAUUUAACCGCCUACUGAUGCACUUAUAUUACAAUAAAUUUCCCGUGUUUAA